AAUGAAUGACCGAAUGGGAAUGAAUGACCGAAUGGGAAUUAACGACCGAAUGGCAGUCGGAAUGGGGGUUGGAGGUAUGGGACCGGAGGAAAGAAUGGGAGGAUGGAUGGGAGGUGGAAUGUCUGACAUGGGAAUGGUAAGAAGCAUGCCCCAGAUGAGAGAAGGUUCCAGCGCAGUAUGGAAUCAAGGAAGAUAAAUAUCUACUGAGUCUUGAUUUCCAAAUUCUUGCAUUUUCCUGUAAGUUUGGUAUUUUAUUGAUAAUAUUGUAUUUUGUUACAUUUCAGAUAAUUUCUUCCUUUGAUCAAACAUCAAAAUGUUUUUCACCAAGAUGAUGAGAGCUGUCGACCAUCCUUACAUCACCGGCCCUGGAGGCAGGAAGGCUAACAAUGGCAAGGGUAGUAUGCAAGGGCUGACCCUGAAGUCUCUGAAGCAUCAUGUUGCUCUCCAACCUCUCUUCGCCAUCAUCGGAGCUGGAUGCAUCUUUGUUGGAGCAUACCUUUACAGAUUGGCCGCUAAAACUACCGAUAUCAACUGGAGGAAGGAAAAGAACCCCGCUAAUACCUACGGUUAUUAUGACGGAAAGCAGUUCAAGUUCAUGAAUCCCUCUGGGAUCGACUACAGCAAGUAUGGACAGGAUAGGCCCAAGUUCGAGUAGUUGAAUAUCCUUGCUACGUGCCUACUGUAACAGAAUGGGUCUCUAAGCUUCACCCUGUUGUCUGAACCAAAUUGUCAAUUUUUAUAAUUCGAGAUAAUAUUUUUAUACAUCAUGUAUUUUUGUACUUUUUAAACAUCUUGUGAUAAAACAUGGUUUGCAUUUA